AUGAAGAACAAAAAAGAUGAGAAGAAUUUUAAAGACAGUUAUAGGAAUGACCCGAGUCGGAGGCUUCAACCUCCCCGACCAUAUAUAGGGGAUGAAAGCUUUUACACAGCUGAUGAAACAUUGCAACAAACUGCUAGUCGAAAUCUAAACAAUAUUAGUGAUGAGGAUGAUAAUAAUAAUAAUGGUCAUGAUUAUAGUUCGAAUUCUUACCAAAUGGCAGGCUUUCAUAAGGAAAGUACAUCUCGCAUUCCAGACAAGCUUGAUGAUGUACCAAUAUUCCAUUCUCCAAGUAGGACAUACUUGCCCGAAAGAUAUAGCAUAUGUUCACGAAAUAGCAAUAGUGUUUCCCCUACACGAAAGCCAUUAUUGAGCAAGCCUGGCCAGAGUCCAGUUGCGAGUACAUCAUCUUAUCAAUAUCAACCGUUUCCAGUCUCGCCCACACAUCCUUCUUUGCAAAAAAGGCAAACUUCGUCACACUCUUCUCAUGAAAAUGACCAUGGUGGCUCAAAUUACCCUGAAAUUGUGCCGUCUCUUAAUGAAAAAAGUGAUCCAAAUAGCGUAAAAGUCUCUUUCAGGGGAGUGAAAAUUCCUGAUAUUCCAGGUACAAGUCCUGGGGAUUCCGAUCUUAAUUUCCGUUAUUCAAAAAGUUUUCCAGUUGAAACAAAGGAUCGUGACCCAUUCUGUGGAUAUGACUUUGAUGAUGAUGAUGAUAAUAAUGGCCAUGAGCAGGAUAACGUUGAGAUCGACCAAGAAGAUUUUGUGCCGUUUCCGUCAUUUAAAAAUUCUUACUAUCCCAUUAAUCCUCCCCAGGAUUUUUAUGAUCCAUUUGGAGUUGAAGAUUAUUAUGAUGGUGAUGGGCGGGCUUACUCAGAUGAUGGAGAUAUGUUUGAUUCCCAAAAGUCUGGGGUUGGACAGAUCAUGAAUUUAUAUCAAGAAAAUCAAAAAGGAAGUAAGGAAGACUUAGCCGCACGGCAGGUCCGUAUGGUUAAUGGCAAUUUGGUGUUAGAUUGUCCUGUGUCUGAUGUCUUAUUGAGUAAAUAUAAAAUUCCUCUUACCGAAAAGGAUCGUGAGUUUUUAUUUAUGAGAUUUCAAGCAUGUACCGCACAACCACAUGAAUUUGUGCAGAGGAAUUUUUCCUUAAGGCAAAAGUUUUACACUCAACCUAGACAGACAGAGAUGCUUAUUGUUAUUACGAUGUAUAAUGAGUCAGAGGUACUCUUGGCUAAGACGUUAAAGGCAGUCUUCAAAAAUAUCAAAUACUUAUAUUCAUUACGGCAUUCUUCGACGUGGGGACGCGAUGCCUGGCAAAAAGUUGUUGUUUGUGUCAUCAGCGAUGGUCGAAGAAAGAUUAAUCCUCGCUCGAAAGCUCUUCUAGCGGCUAUGGGUGUUUACCAGGAAGGAUUUGCCAAAAAUAAAAUUAAUGAUGAUAAGGUGGUUAGCCAUAUCUAUGAAUACACCACAAUGGUUGGAAUAUCAAAAGUAUAUAAGGAACAUGUUACAUUAACCACUGAAAAUCAAAUUCCCAUACAAAUGAUAUUUUGUUUGAAAGAGAAAAACCAAAGAAAGAUCAAUUCUCAUGCAUGGGCAUUUCAAGCGUUUUCUGAAGUUCUUCAGCCUAAUAUUGUUACAUUGGUGGAUGUUGGUACUGAACCUCAGGGGAAAUCCUUAUAUCGCUUAUGGAAAUCAUUUAAAGAUCCUAGAGUGGCUGGUGCAUGUGGGGAAAUAAAAGCAAGUUUAGGACCCCACGAUAAAUAUCUCUUAAAUCCGUUGGUUGCUGCUCAAAAUUUUGAAUACAAGACCUCAAAUAUUUUAGAUAAGCCUAUGGAAUCUGUAUUUGGAUUUGUUACCGUUUUGCCUGGCGCAUUCAGUGCAUAUAGAUAUCAGGCAUUACUCGGAGCCCCGCUAGACAAAUAUCUCAAAGGUCAGGAUUUACGAAAGAGUAAUGACGAUGGUAUUUUUAACGCUAACAUGUAUCUUGCAGAGGAUAGAAUCCUUUGUUUUGAACUUGUGGCAAAACGUAACUGCGCUUGGAUUUUGAAGUAUGUUAAUACGGCAAGCGCUUAUACGGAUGUUCCCAUUCAUUUGUAUGAACUUAUAGGUCAAAGGAGAAGAUGGUUGAAUGGCUCCUUUUUCUCGGCAAUUUACUCUCUCUUUCAUUUUUACCGUACGUGGUGGACUUCACAUUCCAUUUGGAGGAAGAUUCUUUUUCAUAUUGAAUUUAUUUACCAGUUUUUCAAUUUGCUCGUUUCUUGGUUUUCCCUUGGUUCAUAUUAUCUUGUUUUUAGGGCGUUGACUGUCUAUUUGGCUGAAAAGGAUUCAAAUUUUUCCCCCGGAAAUGUCUUAUCAGUCUUGUUCUUGUGGAUUUAUAUUGCUUCCUUGGUCACAACAUUCGUGCUUGCCUUAGGUAACAGGCCGAAGGGAACUAAGAAAUUUUACUUAAUUAUUGUCUGGUUUUUUGCCAUUCUAAUGGUAUACAUGAUGUUUGCCGCUGUUUAUAUGGCUGUUCAAGCCAUUGAAGAUAUUUUGGAGGAGCAUUCAACGGACUUCAAAUUUAUAUACAUAUUCACCGAAACAAGAAUCAGAGAUUUGAUUGUGGCAACGUCCUCUACUUAUCUUCUUUAUCUUAUCGGAUUUGUGUUGUACUUGCAGCCGUGGCAUAUGUUUAACAGCUUUAUUCAGUAUAUGCUUUUGAGUCCUUCUUAUACAAAUGUAUUCAAUGUUUAUGCUUUCUGCAAUAUUCAUGAUAUAUCUUGGGGUACAAAAGGAGAAGAUAAUGAUAAUGAUCUUGGUGUUGCUAAGACAACAAAGAAUGCGUUGGACGGUGAACUAGAAAUUGUGAUUCCCACGACAAAGCAGCAAAUUGAUGAGGCUUACCGAAAAGUCAUGAUCAAAUUAACUACACCGAUUGAGGAGAAACAGCAAAGCAUCAAUGUCGAUGAGAGUACGGCUUUUUACUACGCAAAUAUGAGAUCAAUGACCGUCCUAGUAUGGAUGUUUACUAACUUCAUUUUAGUGGCGGUUGUUACCGAAUCCGGAGGCCUCUCUCAAUUUUCGGAUAGUGAUACUUGUGGGAUUCCAAUGAAUCGCCUGUUUAUAUUCCUUACCGUUAUCCUAUGGCUUGUUGCAUUUAUGGCUUUGUUCAGAUUCAUAGGUUCCGUAAGUUAUUUAAUCCUGAAACUCGUUGAUACCUUUAGGCUUCGAAAGUUUAGAAAGCAAUUUGAACUCAAGGGAGCACAAUACGACUAA